AUGAAGAAACAAGCAAUUGAACUACAAUCCGAUUGUCCCACCUGUUCUACGAUACCCUCUACAGAGGAGUCAUUCACUGUUUCAUUUGCAGAAGAUUGGUGGACUCCAUACUUGGCAUUCUUUGUCGGAGGAACUCUGCCGACCAACCCCAAGCUUGCCUAUAAGCUCAAAAAGACCAUAAAUAGGUAUUUUGUUGAUGGGUCAACUCUCUAUCGGAAGGGGUUUAAUGGUGAACCAUUAAAAUGCUUGGGAGAAUCAGAAGCACGUCAAGCCAUGCAAGAGAUACAUGCUGGAGAGUGCGGAGAGCACCAAGGAAUGAAGAAGCUUCACCGGCAGCUACUAAGCAUUGGGUAUUAUUGGCCUACCAUGAAGAAGGAUGCACAUGACUUUGUUAAGAAAUGCCACACAUGCCAAAUCCAUGCUAAUCUAAGCCACAAACCUCCUACAUUGCUGCAAGACAUGCGCACUCCCUGGCCUUUCCAUACUUGGGGGCUUGAUUUAAUUGGGACAAUCCAUCCCCCUUCCGAUGGCUACAUAUGGAUCCUCACCGCUACGGAGUAUUUCACGAAAUGGGUUGAGGCAAUUCCCCUUCAAAAGGCCACAGGAGCUGCUGUCUCGAAUUUCAUUCGGGAAUACAUUGUGUGUAGGUUCGGAAUCCCAUACAAGAUGGUCACCGACAAUGGCACACCUUUUGUUAACAAGCAAGUGAGUUCAACCCUUAGUGGGUACGGUAUCAAGCAUCGUCGCUCUACGCCUUAUUACCCGCAGGGAAAAGGUCAAGCGGAGGCUACCAAUAAGACGAUAUUGAGGAUUCUAAGCAAGAUGGUAUAUGAGUAUCAAGGAGGCUGGAGUGUUCACCUGCCGGAUGCUUUGUGGGCUUAUCGCACCUCACCAAGGAGCGCUAUAGGUUUUUCACCUUACUCACUUGUGUACGGAUCUGAGGCUAUUUCACCCGUGGAAAUCACCAUCCCGACAGCCAGGAUAGCAGCUGUCAAUGAUCUUGAAUGGGAUGCAAAGACAUGCUCAAAUUGGCGUUUGCUAGAUCUCGAAGCAGUUGAUGAGAAAAGGAUGAAAGCUGAAAGAAGGAUGGCACUUUAUAACAAGACUGUUGCCCAAGCCUAUAACAGGACCGUUAAGCCUCAAGCCUUCAAGCAAGGAGAUCUCGUGCUAAAAGUCGUUGAACAUGUGAGAAGGCAAAUGUCAGGACCUUCCAAAUUUGCCCACAAUGGGAGGGUCCAUUCGCAGUCAAGGAGGUACACAGCAGCGGUUAUUAUCGCUUGA